AUUCUUGGUGCUGAUUUUCAGAUCCCAAGUUAAGUUUGCGGCAGUGGUGAUAAUGAUGAUGACAGAAAAAUCAUUUGACUUGUAAAGGAGCAGGAUUGAUCUAGAGGCAGUUGAGACAAAUACAGAACCUCACCAUGUUAUGGGAAAGGGCCCCCAAAGAAAAGCCAAAAGCGGCCCCCCCAAAGUCUCGCCAAGGGCCCACAGAUGAGGCCCAGAUGGCAGCAGCUGCAGCCUUGGCCCGGCUGGAGCAGAAGCCCAAGCCUUGGCUCCCUUCAUCCCAAGAUGCCAUCAAGAGUCAGGUGAAAAAGGAGCUUAUGGCUGAAGCAGCAGCAAGUGAGAGAGGACUCUCCACGGAUCACACGGGUUCUGUGUCUGCGGUUGAGGAAGAAACAGCUGGACUGUCAGUGUCAGGGGUCUAUUUCAUUUGCCCACUAACUGGGGCCACCGUAAGGAAAGACCAGAAGGAAGCACACAUAAAAGAGGCCAUCCUCUUGCAUUUCUCUAGCGACCCAGUGGCUGCCUCGAUCAUGGAGAUUCAGACCUUCAACAGGGACCGAGAGAGAGUGAAACUUGCAGUUGAGACCAUUGCCAAAUAUCUGGAUAAUAUCCACCUCCAUCCAGAGGAGGAGAAGUACCGGAAAAUCAAACUGCAGAAUAAAGUGUUUCAGGAAAGGAUAAACUGUCUAGAAGGGACACACGAGUUUUUCCAAGCCAUUGGGUUUGAGAAGGAAAUGCUGCCUGUUCCAGGACAAGAGACCACAGAAGAGUACUAUGUGCUGAAGGAGGAGGCGUUGACUAAGCUGGAGGACCUCAAGGACUAUAAGGAGCAGCUGUUGAGCUCUGAGCCGGUGAAGGCCCAGUUGGAUCGCCAGCUCUGCGUAUUCAAACCCUCCCCGCAAGCUGCCCAGUUUGAGCUGCCCCAUGACUUCUACAACCUGACGGCAGAGGAGCUAAAACGGGAACAGCGGCUCCGGACGGAAGCAGUGGAGAAGGCCUCUAUGCUGAGGACAAAGGCUAUGCGGGAGAGAGAAGAACAAAGGGAAAUGCGGAAAUAUAACUACACGCUGCUACGAGUCCGUUUUCCCGAUGGAUACAUUCUGCAAGGGACAUUCUAUGCCCGGGAGCCAGUCUCUGUGCUCUACAGGUUUGUGAGAGAAGCACUGAAGGAUGAUUGGAUGCCCUUUGAGCUAGUUGCACCUGGAGGUCUUAAACUGACUGAAGAGAAGGUGGCAUUCAAUGAGUGUGGGCUGGUGCCGUCUGCUCUCCUGACAUUUGCAUGGGAUGCAGCUGUCAUGGCAGACAUAAAAGCUUCAGGAGAAGAGCAGAAAGGAAGCCCCUUGAAACCAGAACUCCUUUCUGCUGUCCAGAUAUUGUCAUGAAAUAAACAGGAUUGGAUUCAGUGCGGUUGGUUCUAUUAUGUGCUGUUGCCUCCUCCCCCUGCACUCAAGCAUGAAAAUGGAAGUUGCCUUAACUGUUUGUCACAAACUUAAGGGAAGACUUCAGUUUUAGCUAGAGCACUAGGAGGCCAGAUUUCAGUAUGGUAAUGCACAAUGCAUUAUCACCUCCAGUUCAGAGAGGAGUGGCUAUAUAAUGGGACAAGAGGACUGUUUAAACAGAUUUAAAGUCUGAAGACAGUCUUGCCCAGAGAAAACUUUAAAUGUGCUGCUUUUAUCACUUUUUACACUAAGUUCUUUUGGUUACUCUGUAUGUUUAAUCUCUUUUCUAGCUUGGCUAUAGAAAAUAAAAAUCCACCAUCUUGAACUGUAGCAAAGAGGAGGGCUGCAAGACUCUCCCAGUAUUGAAUUUUGAUGGUGGCCAGGGCUAGUAUUACACUUUUCCUUAUGCUUCUAUUGUACAAAAAUUGUCGCUGAAUGAGACUUGUUUAAAACAUUAAUUAUGUCAACUGCAACAAGUUAGUGUUAGCGUGAUUAAAUGGAAUAUUUGGAAAGGCUGUUUCCUUGGGUCAGGUUAUUGAGUUAACUUGUCAGAUAGUUAAGGCUGCAAGUUUGUCACAGAUUCUGUGACUUUCUGUUGCAGCUGGUGCUGGUUCAGGGGCUGCCUACCUGCAGCCAGAAGUGUAGGAGGGGGCUUGGGCUUCCUGGCUCCCACUAACAGGAACUGCAGGGCCCUAAGUGGUGUAGGGGUCUCCAUGCUGCCUGUAGGCCCUGCCCCUGCAGUGCCCAUUGGCUGUGGUUCCCAGCCAAUGGGAUCAGCAAAGCCCCCUGCCUAGGAGCUGCAGGGUGAUGGUGUCAGAUAGGGAGCAACUGCCAGUCUGCCCCCCCAAAACAAACAAAGAAAACCCCUCUUGACUAAAAUGUAGCCUUGCUUAUAGUCCCUGUGGGGUGGAGGGAGAUAGUUUCCAGGCUUGAUUUCUAAGUGAGGGGGAGGGAAGAUGCCAAGCCUGUAUGUCUAUGUAAAAUGUAAGAUCGAAUAUCAGGCUACUGGUAUGUGUCUUCCUGCACUGCUGCCUUCAGUUGCAGCUUGAAGUAAAGGUCAGGUGAGGAAUUUAACACAAGCUAGUGAACUUGGCAUGGAGAAAUGGAGGCAAAGCUGCCCAUGGUGGCCUAGAAGAACUGCCACAAUACAACUGAACAGAGGGGGUCUACCCCAGUACCAACUGGAAAGCAAAGAAUGCACCUCUAACUUAAAGCCUCUAUUUUAGGAGAAAGCUUGAGCAUACUGCUGUAAGUGGGGAAAUAUAUUGCAGAAGUAGCAUUGGGUACAGUCUGUUCCAUGCCUCUCUCCAUACAAGUUAGAGAAGAGGGAAAAAAAUAGUCUGCUACUUUCCUAAAUUAUACACACAGCCCAAGGGAAUUUGCAUGCUCCUAGCAUAGGACUAAGUUCUAACCCAAAAUGCAGGAGGGAAAUAGGAUUUAACCUGCAGCUUAAAUGGUGCUUCCAGCAUAAGCUGAAUGAGACAUGAGCACUAAAUUAAUUUCACUAAGCUUAUUAAAAAAUGGCAAGGCCUAAACCUACAGAUGGGGUAGAGUUGAAAAGCUUAAGCAUGAAAUUGUCAAGGCUAGCUAAAUGACUAAGUUCUUCUGCAGAAGAACUUGACACAGUGGUAGUGAUGUCAGUGGCCAUGGCUAUAAGAGGUGUGCACAUUUUAUAUGCUUUUUCCUUAAUGUAGAUAUAACUGUGUCCUUAGUUGCAGUAUGUUUCUUAAAGGGUUCACUUCCCCUCCACUAGUGUGUGAUAGUCCCAAUCCAACUGCAGAGUUAAGAGUAAAAUGGUAAGAAAAGGAAAAACAAUGUAAGGUCUCUCUUCCCCCUCUCACUUUAACCUUCAGUGAGAGAGUACAAGUUAACUGAUCCACUAGGCAGAAGUGAGUCUUAAGUGGAUAGAGAUGAGGCUGGCCCUUGAGUUCAAGAUCAUACCCUGCAUAGGGAUGACCUAGAGGAAGGCUACUGUGAGGUCUCAAGAAAGCUAACUUUUUAAAAUGUAACUAGAAGCCAUCACAGGGGUAUAGCUGAUGGCAACAGGAUAUUCCCCCCCAGGAAACAGGCAGUGGAAGUGGAAGUCUAAUCAGAAAAGAGCUACAAGAUUAUCUGAAUGCUGGACCAUGCUUUCCAGUAAGAGUUGGUUCUUUAUGAAAGAGGCAAUUUGAUCAGUCUGUAAAUAUAUAUACACAGGGCAAAGAUAACCAGUGCUAGAAGGGCUAAUCUAGUAGACAAAUUGAAACUGAAAAUAAAAUACACUUAACAUUCUCCAUUACUCAAGUGUCUUUUACACACCUGCUGUAGUUAGUUACUAGGAAUCAACGCAGGAAUUAUUGGAAGAAAUUCUAGAGUGUUUUGGAGGAGUUUAGACUGGGAGGAUCUAAUGGUCCUUUUUAGCCAUUAGAAAAAAAAAA